CGAGCGCUUCCUGUUGUUCCAGGAGAGCCCUGGCCGUGCUGCUGCAGGAGGGAGGCACCGUGCCCGCCUCGGCGUGCUGCAAGAAGCUGUGCGGUUUUGUGUUUCGGUGUUUUUUUUUUUAACCUCUCCCGUCUUCAUCCUCUCGCUUUAAGCAAACCUGAGACGCCGUGCGUGAGCGCGGGAGGAAGGAGACUGCUCCGAGGCGGCGGAUGGAACAGUGCCUGAAGCAGGUCCACCAUGCCGUUAGUAACGAGGAACAUUGAGCCAAGGCACCUGUGCCGUCAGACGUUGCCUAGCGUUCGAAGCGAGCUGGAAUGCAUGACCAACAUCACCCUGGCAAAUGUCAUUCGACAGCUGGGCAGCCUGAGUAAAUUUGCAGAAGACAUAUUUGGAGAGUUGUUUACUCAAGCCAACACUUUUGCCUCUCGGGUGAGCGUUCUAGUCGAGAGAGUUGACCGCUUGCAAGUCAAAGUCACUCAGCUGGAUCCCAAAGAGGAAGAAGUCUCUCUGCAAGGCAUCAACAGCAGGAAGGCCUUCAAAAGCUCCACUACUCAGGACCAGAAGCUCUUCGACAGAGAUUCUCUCCCAGUUCCUGUCCUUGAAACCUAUGGGACCUGCAAUACUCCUCCACCUCUCAACAUUCUCUCCCCAUACAGGGACGAUGGCAAAGAGGCACUUAAAUUCUACACGGAUCCUUCGUAUUUCUUUGACCUUUGGAAAGAGAAAAUGCUGCAGGACACCAAGGAUAUUAUGAAAGAAAAGCGGAAACACAGGAAAGAGAAAAAGGAGAAUCCUAACCGAGGAAAUGUGAAUCCACGGAAAAUUAAAACCCGGAAAGAAGAGUGGGAGAAGCUGAAAAUGGGACAAGAAUUUGUUGAGAUAAAGGACAAACACGGUCCUGCUGGGUACCCCUCUAACAUGGUGUAUCAGAACGGCAGCAUCGGUUCCAACGAAAGCAUGGACGUGAACUGCUACCCGCCACCGCCGCAGACUGACUCUAUUGUGCCACCACCUCCUUCGUUCCCAGAUGACAGCCUGCCUCCACCCCCGGUGGAAUUUAGCUAUCCUGUAGACAACCAAAGAGGUUCUGGUUCUGGAGGGACCAAAAGAUCCAGCCUGGUCAGCCCGAGUCACCCGCCGCCAGCUCCUCCCAUCGGAUCCCCCUCCGGGACCAGGCCGGGCUUUGCUCCCCCUCCGGCGCCGCCUCCGCCACCACCGCUGAUGGGGAUCACGCCCCCGCCGCCCCCUCCCAUGGGUUUCCCAUCCCCGGGGACCCCACCGCCCCCUUCGCCCCCUUCCUUCCCUCCUCACCCCGAGUUUGCAGCCCCGCCACCACCGCCGCCCCCUCCGGCGGUCGAAUAUGCCAGCGUGCUCCCACCUCCGCUGCCCCAGCCGGGCAGUGGCAGCGCGCCGCCUCCCCCUCCACCACCACCACCCCCUGGCCCCCCACCGCUGUCUUCCAGUGGCCUGGAUGGGCCCCCAGCACCACCUCCACCCUCGGACACCUCCGCCUCCAAGCCCAAAUCAUCCUUGCCUGCGGUUAGCGAUGCCAGGAGCGACCUGCUUUCGGCUAUCCGUCAAGGCUUCCAGCUCCGCAAGGUGGAAGAGCAGCGGGAGCAGGAGAAGCGGGACGUUGUGGGCAACGACGUGGCCACCAUCCUGUCGCGCCGCAUCGCUGUGGAGUACAGCGACUCCGAGGACGACUCUUCGGAGUUUGAUGAGGACGAGUGGUCGGAUUAACCACGGUCCUGCCCCCUCUGCUCCUUUCCUUCCUGGGUUAACAACUUCCUAAAGAACCGGGUGGCCAAACCCGCCACCGUUUCCUUUUUCAUCCUGUAACCAAAGAUGUGCCAAGGGUUUUCAGACAACCACCAGCAUGUCUCCCCUCUCCCUCCCCCUCCAGCUUUGGCAGGACUCUGUGCUCUUUGGGAAACCUUUCCGAAAGGUCUCCUCGUGGACAGUGAGGAUGGCGGCGCUGGGAUUUAGCUGGAGGGAGCGUAACGGUUGCUUAUUUAAGAGAGAGCUAAACCUCCAGAUUCUCGAUGCCACCAGGCAGAGCACAUAAAACCCCUCCAUCCUGAGGGAUUUUUAAAGUAAAGAUGGAUGAUCCUGUUGUGGCCACGCGGCCUUUCAGAUGAAGGACAUUUUCAGCUAGUUUUCUCAUUGCAACAGCAGACAGUUGAUCUAAUGGCUCUUCCUUUCCAGUGAAUCCUGGUAGUGCUGCAAGAAAAUGGGCUUUAAAUGUCUGUUCUCUGCUGCAUCCCGCUGUCAAAUAAUCAGUUUUUGGCAAUAGUGCACAAUUCUUUCCCCUCUGACCCCCCUCAGUAUUUCCAGACUUCCCCCCCCCCGUGGGUGCGCUUCCUGGCUCUAGGGCUGCAGAGCGCAUUGGGUGCAAUGUGAGGAGGGGCUUGCUGGUUUUUUAAAAGCUGCCUUUACCUUCCUUAAAUCUCCUGGGCUGCUUUGCCGAGCCUGCCAGCGGAGGCUUUGCACAGAGGGAUGCAAAGCCCGGGCAGAACGGUUGCUUGGCUUCCUGCUCCAGGGGGGAGCAGAGCUGCUGCCCCGCUGAGCCGUGUCUGGGCGGUGGCAGCUCCGCGUUGCUGACCUCUCUUAAGAAAAAAAAAAGAAGUGCCUAGAGCAGGGAGGUGGUGGGGGGAAGGUUCUCUGACCGCCAGGCACUUUGGCCUGUUCAGGGCAAUGCUGCAGCCAGGUGGAAGAGGUGCUUUUCUGGUGCAGUGACCAUGAGUUUAAACAGGGACUGGAGUAGCAGAAAAUGCUGGUGUUCCCCUCGCUUCCUCUUCCCUUCCACCUAAGGAAGGGAGUUUGUGUGCCUAAAAACAUCCCGGGUGUGAACCUGAGUUGCCCUUUGGUUACAUCACACCUACCCUACGUAUUUUUCCCCGCGUUUUGUUAUUGUAGUUAAUUUUAAGAAAAUGUUUCUUCCCCUGGCUAACCCUACAGAUUCCCCGGCUGCUCACUACAGAUACCGUACUGGCAGGGGGAGAGAACGGAGAACUUGAACUUGCUGACCUAGGUGUUCCUGCUGUUUUAUAUUGCCUAGAAUAUAUGCAUAUCUUGGAAAUCCAGAAACCAGCCCCCCAAUGCUGCAGAUGUGCUUUUUCUAUGUUCAUUUGGAUGUGACUGUCUGCAAGGGGUUCCAAAGCCCUUCGGAGGUCCUGGGCCCAGCUGUUGUGGGGUGGGACCAGCAGCACAUCCCACUAAGACCAAAUCUCCGACCUCUUUGCCUUUCUUAACUGUCAGGUAUUUUGCCAACCUGUGCCUGUUUGCUCUUCUCCAGCUUGCCUCGUUUAAUGAUGUUGCUGAUACCUGGAAUGCCAGGCCCAGCCCGAGGCUGCUAGGUUGCUGAAAAUCCUUCUUGGGCUUUGAUUGAUGAUUUCAGCUCGUGCCACUGAGUCCUUACCGAUUUCUUGCGUGCGUUUGUGCAUUUUUUUAAUCUUUGACAGAGCAGAUGAGGGCCUGGAGGAUGGGUUUUUCCAGGGCGUGGGUCGAGCUGAGAUCCAGCGCGACCCUGAGCACGGUCAGGAGAGAUUUACUGGACCUCUGCGCCGCUCCGUUUUGUCAGCCAGUCAGCUGCAGAGCAGGAUGCAAAGGGCACAGCCAGCGAGGCAUCCCGGCGGGCUGGGAACAUCUGAGCAGUGCUAGUUCCAGGUUCUGGAAGAGGGAACAAACCCCUCGAGUGCCAGUGAGCCGUUGUGCAGUGGAGGGACUUGGAAAUGCAAACUGAUUAUUGCUGCAAGCUGGGGAAGGGGGGGCUGGAGGAGAAGCGCUGCCGCUGUUUUUCUGCUCUUUCUCUGAGCAUCCUCCUCUGGCUUCUCUUGGAGACAGGUUCCUGGGGAAAACGGACCUUUAAGCUAACCCAGGCUGACAGCGUUAUCACACAGGGAAGCGAGGAGCUCACAAAUGCCAAACCUGGGUUAAUUUUAAAUUGCCUUAAGUAGACUCGGCCCCCGUUGGGCAAAGGGGAGCGAGUCUUUCUGUCGCGUGAAAUGCAGGGCAGUGCCAUGUUCCGUGCUGUCAGGCAGGGCCGUGCCUCGGGGCGUUGGGGACAGGCUUGCCCCACGCUGCCUGUUGCACAAGGCUGCUGUGUGGGUGGGUGAUCGGCACGGCCGCGGGUGGAGCCCGCUCCUCCGACUGCUUGCGGAGCCCUCCUGGCAGCGGGAGGGACGCUGCUUUGUCCGUGCAAGCCUGCUGUAACCACGGCUGCUUGCAAACCUGCAUCCCAAGGUGAGAAGCAAAAUGGUUGAGAUCCUAAGCAGAGGGAGUGUGGGCGAGCGGGAGGGCUCCUUUGUUUUGUUUGAAGGCUUUGACCAUGAAAAGCUCCGGCACGGAGAGCCCUGAGAAACAACUGGUGUAAAGUGACCGUCUGAGAGUAUCAUUGCAAAAUUGCAGAGCGCUGGGCCACCAAGCAAGCUUAAUAUUUCUUAAACCAGUAGGGGAGGAGGAGAGGUGCCAAAAACAACCUUUGCAAGGCAGAGCAGCUGCGCUGUACCGCAGGGCUGCUGCCCCACAUAGACCAAGGGCCUGCGCUCCACUCCCCUGCCAUUUUUGCUGCUCAUCGCUUAGCCCUUCCUUUCUUUCCGCAUCAGGCUGGCGUAGACAGAGAGCCUCGAGCAUUUCACAAAGCCAAAAAGAGAGAGCUGGCACACCCGAUCCUCCCCUCUCUGCCUGCUGGGGGGGGGGAAGGAAGCCCCCAUCUUCCCAUUUCAGCCCAACUCGUGUCCGCGGGGAGCCGCCGAGCCGGCGCAGCCAUUUCGCCCGGCCGGGAGCCCUUUGCUGCGGGCGUGCACGUCGAGUUGGGGCAGGCCACAGCCUCCUCUUCUCCCCGGCGCCUCGCUCCUGGUUAAACAUUCUCCCGGUGUCCUCGCCCGCAGUGCUUGGCUGCCGGCAGCCUCUCCCCCGCCACCCCUCCUUCGUGCUCGCAGGGAAAGCCUCGUCCCGGCUCCCCGGGCUCAGCCCGGAGCCUCAUCUGCAGUCGGUGACCUUCACCGCUUUCUCCUCUCCUUAUCAGACCCAAAGCACCAGACCAGAUCGAGGGAAGGGGCUCCUGGAGGUCCCAGAUGGCCGAGAAGCCGUGCCGAGUGUCAUUUCAGGGAAAGGAUAUUUUCAGGCCGUGAACUUAUUUAACGUGCCUCUCCUGGAAGCGCCUGCCCUUGGCGUGCUCGGAGGGGAGCCCGCGCGGGGCAGGUGCUGCUGCUCUGGGUCAGGUUUCCUCCUUGCUGUUGGAUUUUGGGGGUGCUUUUUUUUUUUUUUUUUUCCUCUCUCUUUCGGUUUUAAACAAAGCCUUGAAGUGGGAAGUGGAUCGAAUGGUUUUUAUUACUGUAUUAACGUUCAUUUUAAUUCAUUUCAGAAACUAACUCAUUUCUCUUCCUGAUUAGAAUGGCUUAGAAUUAGGCGAGCUGUAACCCUCCCGAAGUGCCUUAUUUUCCUAUAUAUGAUAUAAAUAUAUUUAUAAGAGUAAUUAUUCCACUUGUAUCGUAGGGGUUUAUUGCUGAGCAGAGGAUGGGGUGGGAGGAGGGACGGGGGCCGUGCCCUGAAAGCCCCCGGCCACGCCAGGAGGGUGUAGGACGGAUCCUCAGGGCGCAGGGCGUUACUCGCUUCAGACCAAAGGAGCUUCGGCGGUGAAACUCCGUUUAAAAACACAAC